GCAAUAAAUGUAAGUUAAUCAGAUUUUUAUAGCAUGUCGUUAUUAGUUACUAUUAAUUAGUAUUAAAGCUAAUUUUAUUGUUUUUGUUUUCGUAUGUUAUUCUAUUUCUAUUAUUUUAUAUUGGCCGUGGUUCAUGCAGCACACCCUAUAGCAGAUGUCACGAGCCGCCACUGGAAGGGAUGUGUAUUUUAAAAUCAUAUGUGUUAACGCUCAAUCAAUAACUAAUAAAAGUAACAGAAUUGAGCUAAUUUUAAGCUCGGAGGAUCCUGAUGUUUUAUGUGUUUCGGAAACAUGGUGUAGUGAUCUAAAUAAAGACAUAUUUUGUUUUCAAAAUUAUAACCAAGUUGCGUCUUACACAAGAAAAGAUAAAUGUCAUGGAGGUGUUUCGAUUUACAUAAAAUAUUGUUUAUUUUGUAAACCUCAAGUUUUUUUAAAUACUAUGGCGGAAGAAUUACAUUUUGAAUGUUGUGUUACUUUUAGCUUAAAAGAUGGUAUGUGUUGUCUUAUUAAUAUUUACAGAGCCCCUUCUGGCGAUAUCGAGAUAUUUGUAAACAAACUUUACUCUUGUCUAAAUUAUUGUUUUAAACAUUUUAAAACUAUUAUUUUGUGCGGCGAUUUUAAUAUAGAUUAUCUGAAAGACUCUAGGGAAAAAGUUUUAUUUACUGAUCUUAUACAAAGUUUUAAUUUAAAAUGCAAAAAUAAAGAACCUACACGAAUUUUUACAGACAAAAAUGGAAAAACUUCUAAAAGUAAAUUAGAUUAUUUUCUUACAAAUUGGCCACAUCAAUAUAAAGAAACUACCAAAGACUUUGUUUUAGGUGAUCAUCUUGGUUUGGAAGUUUUAUUAAUAGAUGCUAAAGCUGAAACAGGACAAGAUAAAACAGGUCAAAACGUAACGUUUAGAAACCUUUCUCACUCGAAUGUAUUAAAUUUACAAAGUAGUUUUUCCACUGAAUAUUUUAAAGAGGUUUACGAAUUUCUCGAUGACGUUAAUUUGACAUUUGAAACAUUUUUGAGGGUACUGACGUACCAUAUUGACAUAUCUUGUCCAAUGACUAGUAAAAUAAUUCGCAAUGAGCCUAAAAAUAGUUGGGUAACAAAUGAUACAGUACAGGAGGGAAAUGAUUUGAGAAUUCUUUUUUGGCUAUCAAAUAACCUAGAAAAUAUAGACAUGCAUUUGAAAUAUAAAGAAAAAAAGAAGCAAUAUGUCAAAUUAAUCGACGAAGCAAAAAAGAGUUUCUUUCAAAAUAGUUUAGAAUGUAAGAAUACUAUACAACAGAAGCAGAAGUUUAUAUGGCGCACGGUAAAUAACAAAACAGAUAGGAAAACAAAAAUGUUAAGCCUGAAUGACUCACCGAGAAAGCCUACAUCGUCGGCCUAAUAUGAAAGAUGCGUAAGUCCAAAGUACCUGAUUUUACAGGAGAGACAAAAAACUAACUGUGCAUUACUCUACUUCGUCUACUUGUAACAACAAACUGAUGACUUAAUAAAAAAUUUAAUCAAACAUAAAAUCCUUCCUCCCUAUAACAUUUGCUACCUUUUGUCAUUAAAUAAUAAAACCGUAUAUGACUAUUUAACAGAAUUUAUUUCAAAAAGUAACCUUAACUUGUGAACACCGUUAAACUAGUAACCUUUGUUGUACCCCAUUUGUUUAAAACCUUCUU